AUGCAGUUUAUAUGCUAUGGAUUUAAGCAAUCAAGUCUAAUUAAAUGUAAAACUUUACUGAAUUUUAUAUUUAAGGCUAUCCCCUUCAUAUUUAAAAUAUUUGCCCUUUUAUGAACCAAAAUACUGCCUAAUCAAGAUUUUUAUUUAAAUUCAUCGAUAACUAAAUCUUUAUUGUUACUGUUUGUAGCAAACAAACCAAUAGAAGCUCCUUCUGAUACAAAAGUAAGUUUCCGUGUUUUCCAUAAACAUGUAAGAAAGACCCCAUUGAUAAUGCUUGCUUGGUAG